AUGUUUAAGCCUACGCUGAUCCGGCAGACAGCCAGGACCUUGAGCACUCGGUUGUGCUCAACUUCAAACGGCUUAGACUUCCGUAAGUUAUCAAAAAACAUUUGAAAGUGUCUGUGAUUGAAAACACGUUUCAUUUGUUAUCAUUCUCGAUGUUUUUCAACGUGAUUGUACUUUGUAACACGCACUUUGAGCUUGUGAGCUUCGAAAAGGGCUGUGACGUACAUUUUUUGGAAGUUUCAGAAAAAUAUUUUUUUAAUAUUUUGAUGUAAACUUUUUUUAGGUUAAUAGGUAAUUAGAUAUCUUGUUUGUAUUAACAUAUAUAAGCCCUGAUUUAUAUGUCAAUAAAAAUUUAUAUUAAUUGUCUUCAGAGCUCACCGAUGACCAACGCCAACUAAAACAAGCUGUAGAUCAGUUCGUGAAACAAGAGGUAAUCCCAGUCGCCGCCGAAUAUGAUCGUACUAUGGAGUUUCCAUGGGAUGUGAUCAAAAAGGCCCAUGCUAAUGGAUUCAUGAACCUCGAUUUACCUCAAGACAUUGGAGGCUUGGAUAUGGACUUGGUAUCUAACUCGAUCGUCGCUGAAUCCAUGGGCUAUGGUUGUACUGGAAUUGGCACUGCUUUGAAUGCAAAUGACUUGGCUUGUACUCCGUUGUUGUUGGCUGGUAGUCAGGAGAUCAAGAAGAAGUUCCUCGGGAGAUUAGUCGAAGAACCUUUGGUUGCGGUAUGUUGUUUUAUUAGUUUUUUGUUGAUUUAGGUAGCUGAUGAAGAAUAUUUUGAAGGUAGAUGAGGAAAACGUGGAGUUAUAAUAGAGAAAUGUGUCUAAAAUUGAAAAACAUUGAGUUUUAAUGUUUGGAAAUGUCGUUUAGAAUGUUAGGACCUUUAUUUAGUUUACAAAUAAUGCGUUAUGACAGCAAAUUUAAUAUUUUAGCUCAUAAAAUGAUCAAAUAUAGCUGUUUUUGAGUAUAAAGGAUAACAAAACUGUAAAGUCAGCAAAUCUAAAUUUAACUUACCGUUUACAGUCCUACUGUGUAACCAAGCCAAUUUUCAGUCAUACUGUGUAACCGAACCAAACGCCGGCUCAGACGUCGCCGGAGCCAAGACAAAAGCCUUGAAGAAAGGAGACGAAUGGAUUCUGAACGGUUCCAAAAUGUGGAUCACUAACGGCGGCUACGCUUCAUGGUACUUCGUAUUGGCUCGUACUGAUCCGGACCCAAAAACUCCAGCCAGCAAAGCCUUUACCGCUUUUGUGGUCGAAGGUGACACUCCAGGCUUGACUCGAGGCAAAAAAGAAGUUAACAUGGGCCAAAGAUGCUCAUCUACUGUUGCGAUAACCUUUGAGGAUGUUCGAGUACCAAACUCACAGGUUUUGGGCGAAGUUGGCAAAGGCUUCUUGGUGGCCAUGAAGACGUUCGACAAAACUCGACCAUUGGUCGCGGCUAUGGCUGUGGGAUUGGCGUCGAGAGCUUUGGACGAGGCAUCGAAGUAUUCGUUGGAGAGAAAGACGUUUGGAGCUCCAAUUGCUAUGGUGAGAGAGGGAAAAUGCUGUUGUUAUAGUUUAUUUGGAUAUGAUUUUUCGAUUUUUAAUUUUGCAUUGGUUUAAAAUCUACGGGGGACCAAGUUCAAUUUUUUCAAUUUUUUUUGAAUUUCGAAAAUUUUUUAAAAAUUUUUAUUUUUGGAACAAGAUUGUUUAUACAGCUAAGAUUUUACCUGUUUUGUCUAUCCUGAACCUCGUUUCUUUCAAACAUCCACUUUCAGCACCAAGGAGUAGCUUUCAUGAUUGCCGACAUGGCCGUUCAAGUCGAACUAGCCCGCUUAAUGACCUACAGAGCCGCCGACUACGUAGACUCGGGUCGCCCAGGCUCCUACUACGCCUCAAUUGCCAAACUCUUCGCGGCCGAUGCGGCCAAUCAAAUCGCCUCAAACGCGGUUCAAGUCUUUGGUGGAAACGGCUUUAACACUGAAUAUCCGGUCGAAAAACUGAUGCGUGACGCCAAAAUCUUCCAAAUCUAUGAAGGUACCUCACAAAUCCAACGGGUUGUCAUUGCAAAACAGCUAUUGCAACGCGUCAAAGAAACUGGCACGGCUGUGGAGUUUAUGGAUAAUUAG